AUGGCGGACGAUAAUCCUGCAGAGGCUUCAGCUGCAAAGCCUGAAGCCAAGCCCGUCAAUUGCCAUAUCUGCAACAAAUCGUUUCCCCACAAAGGCUCACCCAGGCGACAUCGGCAGAGCAAACAUCCUGUCCAAAAAGUAGAAGCAGACGCGUCUGAGACAGGACAAGAUGGCGAAGCAGCCAGUACUUUUGAUUGCGCGAUUUGCAAGCAGUCAUUUACGCGUCAAUCUUCGUUGACACAGCAUCAACGGAGCAAGCAUGGCCCUCCGAAGCCUGAAGCCCCAGCUACUUCUGUCACACAAGCUCAAGCUGCGGAGCCUAGGGCAGAAGGCUCUGCUGCGAAUGAAGCAUCUACUUCUGCCAAACAAGAAGAUGCGAACCAAGGUGAUAAAGGCCAGGAAAGUAAGACGACUUGUUCAAUUUGCAACAGGUCUUUCAGCCAUCGAGGUGCGCUGUACCAGCACAAGAGAACCAAGCAUCGCACUAUCAAAACGGAUGUCGAGACUCCUGCCAAGGAAGAGGAUAAGGCUCCAGAUGAUGAAGAAAAGACAAUCAAGUGCGAUGUUUGCGACAAGUUGUUCACCAGCCGAAAUUCACUCCGAAGGCAUCUAAAGAGCAAACAUGCUUCAGAUAAGAAAGGCAAGGGCCCAGCAAAGAGUUCAGAACAAGGUGGCAAGGCAGCUGGCUCCUCAAAACCAGUGCAUAAGACACUGAAGGAGCGACAUAUUGCUGGUUCUCAGAGGUUCAAGUGCCCAUGUUGCAAUGAGAACUUUUCUUCUGAGGAUACGCUUAUGAAGCAUCAAGCAGAACAGCGUCUCGAAGCGAUGAGAAAGUUUAUGGAGAACAUGGCGAUGGCUGCUUCUGGCAUGAGAGUGUCAGAUGGCCAAGAUGGCUCGGAUGAGGAGAGUGAGGAGCAGGAGCCUGCCGAAGAGACCGCGACGGAAGAGAAGAAAGCCCCAAACAUGCAUCAAUGCACGCUUUGCGACAAGAACUUUCGUUUCAAAUCAGCCCUAGUGCAGCAUGGACUCAUCAAGCAUGCAGUGGCAGACGACACUGUUGCAGAGAGUUCGGGCCAAGGAGCAAACGCGACUGCUGGAGGCAAGAAGGCAGAAGAUGUUGACAGGGAUGAAGAUGAGGAUAAGCCCUAUUGCCAGACCUGCCAAAAGACAUUCCGCCACGCGAAGGGACUUGCGGAUCACAAACUCAACAAGCAUGGCAUCGUCGAAACCGAACCCACAAACUCAAAGCAAGGUGUGCCUGAAAACCCAACUUUUAGAUUCAGACCUUGCAACAAGACCUUCCGUCUUGCGUCUGCACUUCGUCAGCAUCAGCGAGAUAGUCAUCCCGAGAUGCACAGGCCGAGAUACUCAGAGGACGAUAUAAUGAGACAAAUACUGCGAAUGGCAGUCCCGCCGUUUGGUGACGAUGGCGGUGAUGACGACGCUAGUUCGACUUCCUGGCUGGUAUUCGACCUGGCGAUAUAUACGACUCGGAUGACCCGGACUUUGACUAUCCUGGUUUUUCAGAUGACGAUGACGAAGAUGAUUCCGAUAUUGAUAUGGAUGAUGAUAGAGGCCCCCCAACCCUCUGCACGCACUGAAACGACUGUUGUUGAUGUCCAAGCCAAGAUCGCAAAGGAUGAAUCCUAUGGCCCCAAGCGCACCGUCUGCAAGGAUUAUCCUGAUGCAAAUGCAUUCCCCUUCUUCUUCGAGGCGAAGUAUUUCUUAAGAGAGUGCCUUUUCAGCUGUGGACAGUCUUUCGAAACUGGCACGGAACGCAUGAAUCAUGAGGUGGAGGCUCAUAAUCGUUGCAUAACAUGUCAUGCGUACUUCACGACCCGAUCCACUCUCGAGAAUCACCAGUCCAAAUCCAAAGUCGUCGAUACCGUCUUCAGAGAUUUCGACCACUGGCUUGAGUUCGCCGUCCCCGCACAAGUACACCACGAGAAGCAGAAAGAAAAAGCAGCUCGUAAUUCCAACCCCAACAAGAAUAUCGACUGCAUCACUUGCGAUCGCAAGUUUGAAAAAGCAUCCACAAUGAUGAAGCACGUCGAAAGAGGCCGAUGUAUCCCUGAUGUGAAUGAGAUAGAUAUCUUUGCCGUCGGACAGACUUUGGCUGACCGGGGAGCUCCCUGUGUUAGACCGGGAGGAUUCUUUUGCCCGAUUUGUGACAAAUCGUAUAUGGUGCUGAGUGAGCUUAUUCAAUAUGCGGAGGGGGAUGAGUGUAAUUUGAAUGUUCUGAGGGGGCCAUUGCGGAAGUUGAUCUCGUUGGUGAUGAUGGAUUUUAUGAGUAUGAUGAUGGGUCAUGCUUUCUGA